AUGGGUAAGUUACGUCAGGUUGGGCCCUACAGCGACCUGUCCGCCCACACGCCCACAGCGCCCUACUCCAUCUUCGCCGCCCGCCCCACCUUCUCCAACGCCCACGCCCUGGCCGGGGUCCCCGCCUCACCGCUCCUGCCGGAGGUCAGGCCGGAGUUCUACAAGCCGUCCGUGAAGCCAACGGUGACGAAGGUGCCGCCGAGCCACAAGUAUGUACAGAGGUACAGCCCGAGCCGCACCCCUGCGGCGGCCAGGCUGCCCUUCCUGCACCCCGGCCACCACAAGAAGGUCACCCCCGUGCCUCACCACCUCCGGCCUGUACAGCCUCCAACUCACACUUACGGAGCUCCGCCUCCCUACCCUGGACCAGGAGAGUGCCCGGACGGCCUGCAGUGUGUGCCGCUGGUGAGCUGUGCUCCCUGCUACCACCAGGUGGAGAACCAGCCCCAGCUCUCCUGCUCCAUCUACGGUGGUGCUGUUGGCGUCUGCUGCCCCGGACAACCCAAUAACAGGAACCUCCGCCAGCUGUUCACGGCGCCGGUCAUCGAGGUCCCUCAACUGGGCUUCAGCGAGAACAUCAUCGACGAGGCUGCGAGGGUCGGCCUCUGGCAGCUGGCCGAGAAGGACCUCCUCGAGCGGGAGCUGCGGGCCCGAGGCAUCCAGGUGGCCAACUACACGGACCCGGCCUUCGCUCACCUUCAGUUCUUCAAGACCUCGCCCCUGGCCAUCCACCUGGCCCGCGGCGCCUUCGUCAACGCUGAGGCUGGAGACUUUCUCAUGACCAAGUUUCGUCUGAGUGGUUUACAGGCUGGCUUUGGUCUGCAGCAGUUUGACCUGUCCAACACCAUCAUCGCCGACACCUGCCCGAGGGAGCCCGUGUGCCGGGAGAGGGACAGGUUCUACCGCACCAUCGACGGCUCCUGCAACAACCUGGACAACCCCAUGUGGGGCCAGGCCAGGACCACCUUCCAGAGGCUCCGUCCCCCACACUACAGUGACGGUCUGUCCCGGCCGCGCGAGAGUGUCGGGGGAGGGAGCCUGCCCUCCGCCAGGCUGGUGUCGACCAGUGUUGUGGGCGACCAGGACCGACCCAGCCCUGACCUGACCCUCUCCGUCAUGCAGUGGGGGCAGUUCAUCGACCAUGACCUCACUCACACCCCCAUCAACAGGCUCGGGAACAUGAGCGGCAUCCAGUGUUGCAGUACCAACGGCCGAGGGCUGGUGGACGCCACCUUCCGCCACCCCGCCUGCUUCCCCAUCGAGAUCCCCGCCGACGACCCCUUCUUCGGCCCGAGUGGUCGCCGCUGUAUGAACUUCGUCAGGUCCAUGUUCGCACCCCGCGCCAACCCCUGUAACUUAGGAUACGCUGAGCAGAUGAACCAGGUCACGCACUACCUGGACGGGUCCAACAUCUACGGGUCGAGCCGCCAGGAGGAGCAGACGCUGCGACUGUUCCGUGGCGGCCUCCUGAGGGUGCAGGAGAAGGACCUCCUCCCUCCUGACUUUGAGGCCAUGGAGUGUGAGUCUGCCAGGGACGGAAUUCCUUGUUUCAUAGCCGGUGACAAUCGUGUGAACGAACAAGUUGACCUGUCCGUCAUCCACACCGUGUGGGUGAGGUUCCACAACCGCAUCGCCCGGGAGCUGGCCCGUCUCAACCCCCACUGGUCAGACGAGACCAUCUACCAGGAGACCAGGAGGAUAGUGGUGGCCAUCUACCAGCACAUCAUCUACAACGAGUGGCUCCCUCUUGUCAUUGGCAAGGACUACAUGGCCGAGAACGGACUACUGCCGCUGCGAUACGGCUACUCCAGGGACUACGACGGCGGCCUCAGUGCGGCUAUAUUGAACGAAUUCGCAACAGUGGCCUUCCGCUUCGGCCACACCCUCGUCCAGGGCAUGAUUCAGCUGGUGGGGAAGAAGGGGAUGAAGGACGGAGGAACGCUGCUGCUGCACGACAACUUCAACAACCCGCGACACAUCUACACCCCGGGCAGACUGGACCAGUUCCUCCGAGGCCUGGCCACACAGCCCAUCCAGCAGUUUGACAACUUUGUCACUUCUUCACUCACUAACAGGCUCUUCCAGACUCCACAGAUGCCCUUCGGGAUGGACCUGGUGGCCCUCAACACCCAGCGGGGCCGCGACCACGGCAUCGCUCCUUAUAAUGAACUGAGAGAAGCUUGCGGACUUCCAAGGGCCAGGACCUUUGAGGACCUGCUCGACGUUAUUCGGCCGGAGGUGGUGAACGUGUUCCAGCAGCUCUACGCCUCUGUUGAUGACAUCGACCCCUUCGUGGCCGGUAUCUCUGAGCGGCCCGCACCGGGGGCUCUCCUGGGACCCACCUUCAGGUGCAUCGUCGGUGACCAGUUCAUCCGCCUGAAGCGAGGAGACAGGUUCUUCUACGACCUGGCGGACAUGCCCGCCUCGUUUUCUGAAGCGCAACUCUACUCUAUCCGGCUGAUGUCAUGGGCGCGCGUCCUGUGUGAGACUGGGGACAUGUUGGGCUACGUCCAGCCCCUCGCCUUCCGUCGGCCUCGAGGACUGAACGAGAGAAUUCCUUGUGACAGUCCCGGCAUCCCGGGCCUUGACCUCUCGCCAUGGAUCUCCCGGGCUGAGUGAUAAUGGCUUCGACACCCGACACCCGCUCCAAGUGUUGUGACACCCGACACCCG